UACUUCUGAUUGGCUGAUUGAUUUCGUCUGAUCUGAGAUCAGAUUUUUUCUCUCUAUCACUGAGCGCUCUUUGCUCCAUUGGGCCUGAUGUGUGUGUGUGUGUGUGUGUGUGUGUUUAGAGUUGCAGGGCAGGUUUAUUAUAAGAAGCAUUUUUUCCUCCAUGACUAACGGAUUACUGUACAUCUGCUCUAUCAGGAGCUCCAGGAAUUCUCCAGCAGUCCAUGUUUAACUCUCAACCGUUUUUCUUUUUUUUCUUUCUUUCAUUAAGUUUGCAGGUUUGGAGCCAAGAGUUAAUCAGAGUGAUGCUGCCGUGUCUGUCUGGACUUCAAACCGAAGAUAUCUGAUCAUCGACAGUGUCCGAAGCAGUCUCGGCUUAUAAGCAGAAAAAGAGCCAGUGGCUGUCUCUGUGAUUGAAAAUCUUUUCCUGUAAUCAUCAUGAUUGACUUGAGCUACCUGACCGAGGAGGAACAGGAGAUGAUCCUGUCAGUUCUGAAGAGAGAUGCUGACUUGAAACAUAAAGAAGAGCAGCGCAUCAAAAAGCUGCAGAAGACCGAGCGAGACAAGCAGAGGCUGAAGUACCUGACAGGAGAAUGGUUUUACGAGACCAAGUCGAACAGACACCGAGACAAGAUCCACGGCUCCGAUAUCAUCCGAGCCUCCAUGACGCGUAGGAAACCUGUGACUAUAAUGGAGCUCACCCAGAUCUGGCCGGGACAGUCUAGCUUUUUGAAAAAGCAAGAGAACAAUGACGUUUUUAUCCCACCAGAACUAUCUGGAAUAAUCGGGGAGCCGUCAUCAUCAGCACAUAACAGAGAGAAUUACUAUGAAGAGGCAGAAUAUAAACCUUCCACACACCCUCAGACAAAGCCUAGACUGAAUCCUUUCAACAGCAAGCCCAUAGGGUUCGACUCUGCUGGAAAGACAGAUGGACAUCAGCAGGUUCCUGGAAAUCAGCAGCCGGAAGUGGAGUCACUGUCGAUACCGCCUAAACCGACUCGGGCAGCCCAGAUCCCUCCUGAGGAGGGCAGUGAGGGUCUUGGCCCAGUAGGAAGAACACAGAAGCAAGCCUGCAUCAGACCCCUGUCUCUUUCUAAGAGUUUAGAGGAUCUGGCAACCCUUCCCUCAAAUGAAAGAUGGAACAAUGAACCAAGGAUCGACAUAAUACAGACAGUGGAGGAAGCUCCACAUGCCCUCAGCCUUGCAGUCUUGGACCCAGAGCAGAGUAAGAGACUGAGCGUCUCAGUACCGGCUUUUAUGCAUGAGCAGGGUAACGGCAGAGAAAGUGACAGUCUUUCAGUGAAUAGCUUCUAUUCUGAAAGACCGAGGAAAUGCAGCACAAAUACUUGCGUCAGUGCCUCCUCUGACCUCGCCUCCAUGUCUUCUGUCAGCGGCAGCGUGACGAACAUUUACGGCACAGACUUUGGUUACGUGGAUGUUAAGGGAACCAUCCAGUUCGCCAUUAAUUAUGUGAAUAAACUGGGAGAGCUCCACAUCUUUAUAGUCCAGUGCAGAGAUUUGGCAGCGGCCGAGCAUAAAAGAAACCGUUCUGACCCGUAUGUCAAAUGUUAUCUUUUACCUGACAAAGCAAGAAUGGGGAAGAGGAAAACAUCUGUAAAGAAGAAGACACUGAAUCCUACCUAUAAUGAAAUCUUACGGUAUAAGAUACCACUGGAGAGCUUAAAGUCCCAUACUUUAAAUGUCUCUGUGUGGCAUCAUGACACGUUUGGGAGGAACAGUUUUCUUGGUGAGGUCAAUGUGGAUUUGUCUGAGUGGGACAAUAAUACACAGAUGUUGGACCGCACCCUCAAAGGAAGAACUGUUACUCCAUCCAGUCCGAUGCAUCUUAACCAUAACAUGGCAGUGUGUGGAAAUAUGAGAAUAGCUUUGCGUUUCCUUCUGCAGACAUCUCAGAGUAACAAGACACCACAGACUGGUGAGAUGCAGGUCUGGGUAAAGGAAUGUACAGAUCUACCAUUCAGAAGAGGGACUAUAGACCCAUUUGUAAAAUGCUCAAUACUUCCAGACAGCCAUCAGAAUAACCGACAGAAAACUCGGGUUGUAAAGAAGACAGCAAACCCAGUGUUCAACCACAUCAUGGUCUAUGAUGGCCUGAGAGCAGAAGAUCUGAAAGACACCUGUAUUGAGCUCACGGUGUGGGACCACGAUCGGCUGAGUAAUAAUUUCUUAGGAGGCACGAGGCUAGGCCUUGGAACAGGUAAAAUUCAUGACAUUGAGGUAAAGUGGAUGGAUUCUAACUCUACUGAAUCAGCAUUGUGGAGAAGAAUGAUUGAAUCAAAGAAUGAAUGGGUGGAGCACACCAUACCUUUGAGGAUGCUUAUCAUGACAAGAUAGUAACGGUCCAAGUGAUUGGUUCAGAAGAAUGUGGCACACGCUAUAUAAACAUAAUAUACACAGCUUCAUUUUUGGGAUCACAUCAAAGACUACAUUGUUUAUGGAACAAGAAGUUCUGAAAAUGUCUUUUACCUGUUGUAAAAUCUUAAAAUAAAUAAUUUCUAAAUUUUAUACUAUUAACAAACUGCA